GACCCAGCAUUGAAAGAGAUACCCACCCCCUUCAGGACAAGCAAAUAUGUAUCCAGGAUCAGCACAAGCAUACCAGGAGAAGACUUUGGCGCUGUACCAAAAGAAACAUCAGGAUACAGAUCUCUUGCUGCGUACGGGGUCUCUGUAGGGGCUAUGACCUCUCCUAAAAGAAACCCAUCCAGACCAUGGUCCCAUAGAAGGGGAGAGUACGAUGGGGAACACAAAGGUCAAUCACCCCCCUUCCUCCUCUUACACGAGUUGAAAUGGCCUGAAAGCUGGUGCAAUCUGAUGGCAUCAGGCACCUGGUCCUUAGGGCUGUGGAUCAUCAAUAACAGAUCAUUAGAGAAGACCUCAUGCGCACUGGAACUGUGUCUCCUCUCGGAAAUAGCUACCAAUACUGAGUUGCGAGGAUAUGUCACGAGGGUUCACGGUGGUCAUCUCUACAAAACUCUCGAUGCGGAGGAUGGGAGUUCAUCACAGGUUCGGCAGAUUUGCAUACAAUCUUCGUGGACAGGGGCAUGA